UCUCUGUAUAUUUAGUCCUUUUUGUGGCUACAAGGAUAUAUCAAAUUAGCAAAGCUGUAUCAAAUUGGUUGGACAAUAUCUAAUACGCCACCCGAUAGGCUGUCGAAAAAAAGAUACCAAACGUAACAAAAGAAAGCGGUUCUGAUCAAGACCAUGUAACAGAGCAAACAGUGGGGAUAGGGGGACUUUUCAUAAAACUUUAUUUGAGCAAUCAGCCAGCCUAGUUACCUUUAACCCCCCUCCCCCUGCGGUCCUUGGCAAACAAUGUGUGGCGAAAAUAAACAACCUGCGACAACCUUCAUCGUGAGGGUACGACGUUAAUACGCCCCUGCCCGCUACUCGCGCACGUACAGUCUUGGGUAGUGGCGUGUGUGUGCCGUGAUUGUGACGUGCUGUAUGUGUUUCAGGACCGUUUUGUGUGCUUGAUUGUCCGUCAUUGAAUUUGUUCACUUUUUUACUACCCAUGGCAGGAAUUUCAGCUCUCAAACAUAUGCAUGGGAAUUUCUCAGCUCUCGCUCCACUAAGCUAAACUCUGUCUGUAUCUGUAUAGGCGGUAUAACCGCCCUUCGGCACAACACACCAGCUUCGCAGGCACAAACUGAAGGACUGUCGGCGACAAAGGAAGCUCGAGUCAUCUCCCCGAGGCAGCUCACCAAAUCAAGCUGGGUCAACAAAAGACCGGUUCGCAAAAAAGAUGGAUCGCGCACGUAAGGCAACUCGAAGAUCGCCAAGAGAAAAAGGCACGAAUCGGAGGGAAGGGAACCGCUGGACAGAGGCGAAUCUGCGGGCGCGAAUGCAGACGAUAGGCUCCUCGAAGGACCUGGAUCUCUCGCACAAGCGUUUGAAAGAAAUCCCGCCAGCCGUUUUUAGCAUCACAGAGCUGGAUAUCCUGGACGUGUCGGACAACCCGCUGGGCUCCUUACCGGUCAACAUCGCCAGUCUGCACAAUCUGAAGGAGGUGCGAGCGGCCGGAUGUGACGUCAGCGAGGUGAGCGGGAACAUCUCCAGGUGCGCCUACCUGACCCGGAUAGACUUGUCCAGAAACCCGCGCCUCGCCUCGCUGCCGCCCACCAUGAAGCAGCUUCGAUACUUGAAACACGUGGCUCUGAGUAGUUGUGAGCUGACCUCGCUUCCCGAGAAUCUCACUCUCCUGGCGACGGUGGAAACUCUGGACCUGUCCCAGAACCAGCUGACGUCUCUCCCGCCCGGCAUCGCGGCGCUCACGCGGGUGAAAGUCCUAAUCAUCAGCGAUAACGCCUUUGGGACCAUCCCAGAAUCCAUCGAGUCUCUGGGCCGCCUGGACCGUCUGGAGAUGAAGCGGAACAAGCUUAACAACAGCAGCGGCGAUCUGAAGCUAAACGUCCCCGCACACUUAAAGGCGUUGGACAUGGAGGGCAACUACUCCUUAAAGGUGCUGCCAGAAGGUCUUGAGCGUCUUGAGAAGUUGGAGGAACUGAACAUGAGCUACUGCGGCCUGGAGACGCUACCGGAGUCCGUAGGAAAGCUGAGCUCCAUCAGGCGGCUUCACCUGGCCGGGAACAAGCUGCGCGUGCUCCCCGCCAGCCUGGGAAACCUGCUCCGCCUGCAGACGCUGGACCUGGAGGGGAACCGCCGUCUGUCCGACCUGCCGCUCACCCUGUACCAGCUCAGGGACAGUCUCAGGGACAAACAGGCCGGCACGAACACAGGGCUCAUCCUGGAUAACUGCCCGGCACUGGCGCUGCCCGAGGCCGAGGUGCUCCAGGGAAAUGUCGUCUCUGUGCUCGUCGACCUUCUGUCAGAAGAUAUCCUCCACAAGACGUCGGUCCGCGUCGCUGCGGAGGUUGUUGACGAGACCAUCGUGGAAGGUCUGACAGACAACAUGGUCGCGGUGACGGAGGAGUGCGUUUGGGACGACCUGAUGUUGGAUGUCGCAGGUGUGGUUAUCGCUGACAAGGAAUGUUCGGAAUACGUCUUCCGAAGCAUGCUGGAAGAAGUCCUGCCAGGGCUUAUGAAGGAGAUAACCGUAGAAAGUAUAGACGAAGAAACGGCCAUGGCCAUCGUGGCAGGCGAGUUGUUGGAAGAAACGGCGAGCUCGAUGACAGAGGAGUUGGCUACAGACGCAGUGCAGGUGGAUGAUGCGGCAAGAGCCGCCAUGGAAGAGCUUCUGGAAUCCGGCAUUAAGGCAACGGCGACAGAAGUGGCAACAGGCGCGAUGCAACUAGAUGCUGCGUCAUGGAAUGUCAUGGAAGAGUUUAUGGAGGAAGCAGAAACGCUUAUGCUAAAAGAAGUGGCGGAAAGCGCGGUGCAAGUAGACAAUGUGGCGCGGGAAAUAUUGGAUGACAUUUUGGGAGAAGUUACGGAGGCGAUAACUGAUGAGAUGGCGGCACGCGCUGCGCAGGUAGAUGCCGCGGCGUGGGAAGAGUUGGAAGAGCUUUCGAGGGAAGUCACCGAAGCUGUAUCUAAGAAAGUGGCGGCACGCGCUGUGCGGCUGGAUGUUGUGGCGUGGGAAGUGAUGCAGGGGCUGUUGGAGGAAGUCCCUGCAGCAAUGACGGAAGACUUGGCCACACACGCGGCCCAGGUAGACGCUAUGACAUGGAGAGUGAUGGGAGAGAUGUUGGAGGAGGUGAGGAUGGUGAUGACAGAAGAAAUGGCAACAGCCGCUGUGCAGGUAGACAAUGUGGCCUGGGAGGUGUUGGAAAACAUGUUGGAAGAAGUCAUGGAGCCGAUAACUACGGAGGCAGCAGUAAGUGGUGCGCAGUUAGAUGACGUGGCCUGGGGAGUGUUGCAGGAGCUUUUGGAGGAAGUCACGGAGGCUUUGACAACCGAAGUGGCCACACACGCUGCCCGCGUGGACGCCAUGACGUGGGAAGUGGUGGCAGAGAUGUGGGAGGAAGCGAUAGAGGAAGUGGCUGCAGGCGAGGUGCGCCUAGACGCCACCUUGCGGGGAGUCGCGGAAACGCUCAUGAAAGAAGCCACCAGGGCGAUGGCGAAGUCGGUCGCUAGCGAAGAACAUGCAAUAUGGCACCUCGCGAUGGACGUGAUGGAAGGGCUCCUGGACCGAAUCUCCAAGGCAACCGCGAGGUCAGUUGCUCUGGAAGUGUACGAAGAAUCCCGCCUGGGUCAAACCGUUCCAGACGAGUACAACAAACAGACUAGCCACUGGGUUUCUGGAGCCGCACGCGCCGUGCAGUACCUGAGCCUCCCGGCCGGCGGCGUGCUUGCCAUCCCCCCAAGAGCAACCGGCGACACCUCGGUCAUCUCGGCGGUGCUGAACCCGCACGGCUGCGGCCAGACCAUCGCGCUUCGGGACGACGAGCUGCUGGUGAGCGACGUCUUGCAGCUUCGCCCGGCGGGACUGAGGUUCUCCCAGCCCGUCACUCUCACACUCACGCACGCUUUGCCCAGGUUCCACCUUGAGAAGCAGUACGUGGUGAAGACAUCUGGAAACGGCGGGCGGACGUGGCAGACUCUCAACACGCGGAGUCAGAAGAACGAGUGGGGGCAGCACGUUGUAACAGUGGAUGUGUCGCAUUUCUCGGAGUUUGCUGUGGUGGCGCGGCCUCUGGAGCGGUACCAGGCAUCACCGCUCCGCUCCUCAUCUCAAACAGACGUCCUGAUAUCCCUACCCAGGGACUUUGGUGGCCAUCGGUCGGUGGGGUAUACGGUCCUGCCGGUGGAUGCCGACACCCUGACGUGCGCCGCCAUGAAGGAUGGUAUCCGUGAGGUCCGAGGUAUGAGUCACAUCGUCCGGUUCUGUAAGAACCUGCUCCUCAGCAGCCCUGCCACCGUGGUGCUGCCCCUGGCCCCCGGGAACGCCCGAGUCCGCGUCAUCAGCUAUGAUGACGUCACAAAGCGCUGGCAUGACGUCACCAGCUCCGUGGACGACCUCGUCAUACAAGGGUCAAAGGUUGCCUUCAAGACCGACCAGCUCAGAGCUGGCUUCGCGGUUGUUUGCGACAACAGCUUGGAUGAUCCAACCAGAACUGUCGAAAUGGUAACCAAGAACACCCGGGCCAGGCUCGUACAGAUCGUCAUCUUGAAGAAGUGGCAGGACGCGCGGCGGGACGGAGUGAUGACGGCGCGGAUCGAGUGCGUGCACACGGAGCGGGCGGAGGACCGCGUCUGCCAGGCACAGCUUCGGGAGGAUUUCGAGUGUCAGGAAGGCACGCCCACACCUACAAUCGUGUUGUUGGAAGGAGAGGAUAUCUGCUGCGUGUUUGAGGGGCAGAUCCGUCCCGAGGAAAAGAUUAACGGGCACCACGGGGUGAACUUCACGUUCUACUGUGAGCGGCCGCGCGUGCUGGAGUUCCACGCCAGGCUGGCGUCAGGAGGCAGAGGCGCUACAUCUAGAGUCCGCGUGUACCCCGGGAGGCUGGAGCGACUCCCAUAUAGGCCUCCUACACCGCCUCCUACACCCCCGAUACAGGUUCAUCGGGCUCCCGUGCCCCAGCAACAAACAUACACAGGUCCAGCCGUUCCACGGCCACAACCAGCACCGCCGCCACCAGUACGGUGGCCCAAACUUCUGGCAUCUGCUGAAAUAACUCCUCCCACUCUGUGGUGAAGGGUAGUCUGUGUCAGCCUCCGUCUGUGUGGGCUCCGCAGUGUUGGACAAAUGCAAACCGUGCGCCAUGCUGACCACACAUGCAGUUCUGAUAGUCCUCGCUAGGAGAUAACGUUUCUCAUGCUGAUACAGGCUUACAUUACAAAGGACCUGGCGAUGAAUCAUUCGCAGACUUGAUAAUUUCUAUAAUAUCGAUACUUUUAUUUUGAUAUUGAUAAUUUCACUUCUUGAAUCAAGCUGGUGUUGUUUCCCUUGCACAGUGAAGAAAGACUUGUGAAUGACAAGAGGGCACAGUCACCACCACACAUGAUCUAAUCAUUUCGUGGAGGUCUGAGGUCUCUGUAAUUCAAUAGGAACCUAUUUUUUGACAAAUCCAUGCUGGGGACACUAGUACUUUAAGACUGCUGUAUGAAAUUGUCUGAACGCCAAACCCUCUAGUUUCAAGCUUCUCAGUCAUGGUUCUGCAGCACAAUAUCACUACAAAUUUGCAAAGUUCAAAAGUCAGUUGUUUAUAUGAUGAAAAUGACAAGAGUUUUACA